GCCGAUUAGAGUUAGUGAAGAAGUUAUCGAGGAGUUAAAGAAAAGAAACUGGCAGCCUGAAAAUGUAAGACUUUAUCGCCGCUCCACAUUUCACACUUGGCUCCAAAUGAUUAAAAGAGAAAUGAAACUCGACAAAAAUAUGGAAUUAGCCCCGCACAGUUUAAGAAGAGCGUUUGCCACUUAUAAUGCGGUUAAUGGAGUGCCUCUGCCAAUAAUACAAAGACUUUUGGGACAUUCAAAAAUAAGCACUACGGCGAUAUAUGUGAAAGAUGCAGAGCUGGCAAAUUUAGCCAAAU